CACCCCGCUGUCCCCUGGCUCCGCAGCGCCGUUCCCCCGUUCCCCGGGCUCCGGGCCGGCUCCGGCCAUGCCCGCCCCGCUGCCCCCCACUCCKCUGUCCUCGGCCGAGCGUGUGGCCGUGCUGGUGUCGUGCGCUCUGUCCUGCGUGGGUUCCRCGCUGCUUCUCUGCACCCACGCGCAGUGGCCGGAGCUGCGGACGCGGCCGCGGCAGCUGCUGCUCUACCUGUCCCUGGCCGAUCUGCUGUCAGCCCUCUCCUAUUUCUACGGGGUGCUGCAGGACUUCGAGCGCACCUCGUGGGACUGCGUCCUGCAGGGCGCCCUGUCCACCUUCGCCAACACCAGCUCCUUCUUCUGGACCAUGGCCAUCGCGCUCUACCUGUACCUCACCAUCGUCAGGGGCUCGCCCACGGGCACGGGGGUGCUCUGGUGUUUUCAUGCYGUGAGCUGGGGUGUCCCCCUGGCCAUCACGGUGGCCGCCGUGGCUCUGAAGAAGAUCGGCUACGAUGCCUCCAACGUGUCGGUGGGCUGGUGCUGGGUGAASCUGGCCGCUGAGGACCGGCUGCUGUGGAUGCUGCUGGCUGGCAAGCUCUGGGAGAUGCUGGCCUACGUGACCCUGCCCGUGCUCUACAUCCUCAUCAAGAAGCACAUCAACAGAGCACACGCAGCGCUCUCCGAGUAUCGCCCCCUCCUCCCGGGAGCCCCCGCCCUGCAGCCCCGCGCCUCCAUCGCCGACAAGAAGCUGAUCCUGAUCCCGCUCAUCUUCAUUUUCCUGCGCAUCUGGAGCACGGUGCGGUUUGUGCUGACCCUGUGCAACUCCCCGGCCGUGCAGAGCCCCGUCCUGGUUGUUCUGCAYGGCAUCGGGAACACGUUCCAAGGAGGAGCCAACUGCAUCAUGUUCGUGCUGUGCACGGGGGUGGUGCGGGAGCGCCUGCGGACCCUCCUGGGGUCCCUCCUGGGGUCCCUCCUGUGCUGCGGCCGCUGCCCGGGGCUGGGCUGGUCCCAGCAGGAUCCCCACAGCUCCUGGCAGUGCCCAGAGCCCCCCGAGGACAAGGACGAGCCCGGCCCCGGGCUGAGCAAACCGCUGCUGUCCCGCACCUGAGCCGCCUGC